AUGGGAGCACCCGGUCAUACCUUGGAGAAUUGUUUCGCAUUUCAAAAUCGGGUACAAGACUUGAUCGAAGCAAAGGCUGUCUCAUUCACUCCGAGACGCCCGAACGUAAACACCAAUCCCAUGCCAACACAUAAGGAUGCUUCCGUCAGUGCCAUUGAGGAGAAUGAUCAAGGUAAAUUGGUCUGUAAGGUUGAAGAGAUUCAAACCCCUAUCGCCAGGAUAGAAGCACAAUUGUUGAAGAGUGGUCUAAUCCCGGAGGAGCUAGUUGAUGAGGAGAACAAUAAAAAGUUGAGGGAUUUUAUACAACAAAUGAUGGAUCAAGGCGAGUUACAGAUAAAUCACCGUGUCAAGAGCAAGAGAGAGAAAGAGAUAGCCGUGGUGGACAUUCCUUACGAUGAGGUUAAUGUGGAGAUACGUAUAAGCCCAUCGAUGAUAGAGUUUCCAGCACCGUUCGCGUAUGAAGAUGAGAAGGCGGUCCCGUGGAUAUAUCAGCCCAGAGCUUUUAAGCAAGGGCAAGAAGACCAACCUUUGGUUAUCAAUGAACGAAGCGUCACUUUGAUUGUAAGGCCGAUAGGAAUGACACAUAGUGGCCGAGUGUUCACGCCAAGAACUGCUGAUACUUCUGCAAAGGCUAAAGGGAAUGAAGCUGCUGUCCAGAUCCCCGUCCCUAAUCAAGAAAUGAAAGACAUACACCUGUCUCCUAAAGCGGCAGUCACUCGUGAAGAGGCUGAGGAAUUUUUGAGGAUAAUCAAGAAGAGUGAUUAUAAAGUGGUGGACCAACUGAAUCAAACACCUUCAAAAAUUUCCAUGUUAUCUUUAUUACUCAGCUCAGAAGCACAUAAGAAUUCGCUGUUGAAAGUAUUAAGCGCUGCACAUAUCACGAAAGACAUAACGAUAGAACAGUUUGACGAUGUGAUAGCUUGUGUGACCACUGAUAAUUUUUUGGGUUUUAACGAUGACGAACUGCCGAUCGAGGGAAAGAAACAUAACAAAGCCCUACAUAUCUCCUUGAAAUGCAUAUACACUAUACUAUCAAGGGUAUUAGUAGACACAGGUUCCUCGCUAAACGUCAUGCCGAAGACUACUUUGAUAAAGCUGCCAACGGAAGGGAUAAGUAUGAAGCCCAACACACUAAUCGUAAAGGAAUUUGAUGGCUCAAGUUGCCUACUUGGGAGACAUUGGAUUCACUCCAUAGGCGCCGUCACCUCCACUCUACAUCAAAAGCUAAAAUUCAUUACAAAUGACAAGAUGAUUGUGAUUGGAGGGGAUGAGGAUAUCUUGGUUAGCCACUUGACGUCUUUCCGGUAUAUCGAGGUGGAUGGCGAGAUAACUGAGACACCAUUCCAAUCCUUGGAAGUGGCAAAUAUGAUGGCCAUCCAACAGACAUUGGAGACCCCGAAAUCAGGACCAUCCAUGGCCUCGUGGCAAGGAGCUAAGGCUGUUAUGGAAAGUGAAAAUGCUCAAGACUAG